GUGUUGACAUUCCAGGUAGAUGAUCUAAUGGAGGCGAUUUGAAAACAAGAUGGCGAAGUCGUUGAUCGCCUUGGGUUUUUCGAUUGUGGCAUUCACCUUUAUGGUGGUGUCUUUUGCCAGUCCGUAUUGGGUAGAAUCGUUUUCGAAGGCAGACAGUAGAUUUGUAAAAGCGGGUCUCUGGGAAUUUUGUUUCAAUGAUUACACAUUUUGGAAAGACUACAACGGAAAACGCUACAAAGGCUGUUGGUAUAUUUUCUCCGACCAGUACCGAGUGAUCUGGGAAUGGCUAUCACCACCUUGGUUCAUAGUGUGUCAAGUCAUUGCCAGUGUCUGCAUCCUUUUCCAGUUUAUUGCAACUAUCAUUCUGAUUCUGCUGGCUUUGAACUAUUUCCCGAUAUAUCUACAUGAAGUCAUAUUAAUGGGUGGUAGCUUUGUCUACUUUUUUGUUGUGGUCCUAAUUCUCAUCCAGGCGAUUAUUUUUGGAAUCAAGAAGGAGGAUCGGCAGUGGGUGCCCCGUCCUGAUCAGAAUUACCUCUCCUGGGCCUACGGAUUCUUCAUCAUUUCCGCCUUCUUCACGCUGUUCUCUGCCAUUGGCCUUGUUAUGGCUUCACGGGAAUUCAAGAAUAAGUUAAAGCAGGAUUAUCCAGAUAGACGACAAUACUAACCAACAUGCAAAGAAUGACUUGUAAUCUCCACUAUGCAGGACAAUAUUGAUAAACAAGUUUGGUGUGAUAGAUGUUCAUUUCAUUUCUGUAUAUAUACCAUUUCAUUGCCAUUUCAGAGUGUAUGAAAUAAAUUGUAUGAGAAAUGGUUUUAACUACCAUUUCUGCUGUACAAAUUGUGUUUAUAUCCUUUUGCUAUGACAUGUACAGAUAUAAAUGCAUUGCACUUUACCUCAUGGAUGAAAUAAAUAGAUAGAUAUAGUCUAUUUUGCAACAGUAAUUUUACACUGAUAAGUGUAGUGCAAAAUCUUUUCAACUGUGAUCUUUUAAUAUAAAUAAGAUGAAAUGUAAAAGAAAAGAAAUAGGUUACAAAUUUUCUGCAUUUGAAGGGGGAAAAAGUUUUGGUAUGGAUGUUACUAGAACGAAAGUUGAAUGAUGUUUGGAUUUCUUAAAAAGUUUUAGAAUCCAUAUUUUUGUAGUAUCUUUUUUAUAUCUGAUAUCAUCUCUGUAUAUUCAGACUCAAAUUGUACAUUGUAGAUUUUAAGACAUGGUAAUCAUAAUUUAUACAUGUGUAGAUAUCAUUCAUUUUAUACUCAUCUUUUCAGUCAUGAUGUUUUCUUAAUUAUACAUUGUAUACUAUUUUACAGUGUGGCAUUAAUUCCCGUUUUUCUUUUAUUUCAGUACACAUUUUGAAAAAGAAUAUUGAUUAUUGAUUAAAAAUAUUUCAAGAGUCAAUCAAACAGGAUUUUAUAUGACCAUUAUUAGAAACUCUUUGUGUAAACUGUUAUUUCGCAAUAAAAAUCCAAAUUUUCUGUAAGUUUUUAAUGAAAAGAUGAGGAAAAUAUAAAUAAUUUAGAAUUUAUUCAGAUGCCAUAUGUUUUAUAUUGAUGUAUACCUCAAUAAAUAUAAUAAAAAGCCUACAAAAUUGA